AUUUCGGUUUGAUGGUAAGGAGGAGGAGGGGGGAGUACACUGUUCUCUCUCUCUCUCUCUCUCUCGUCUUGUUCAGCCAUGUUAGAUUUUCCUGCUUUUCACCAACGAUGAACGCGGAGCCAUGGCCUUGUCAUUGAGUGGAGACGAUGAGGAAUAUGAUUCAGAAUCCGAACAGCGUGCCGCAAAUCGUCCGAAGUCCAAGAUGGCAACACCUUCGGCUGUUAAACUGCCAUCCAGUCGUAGCUCGUCAGGAGCCAGACGAAGAAGAACACGCUGCCGAAAGUGCGAGGCGUGCAUGCGGACAGAAUGUGGGGAGUGUCACUUUUGCAAAGACAUGAAGAAGUUUGGUGGUCCGGGCCGCAUGAAACAGUCCUGCAUUAUGAGACAGUGCAUAGCACCUGUUCUGCCACAUACAGCAGUAUGCGUGGUGUGUAAGGAGGCUGGGAAGGAGGAUACACUGGAGGAAGAGGAGGACAAGUUCAACUUCAUGUUAAUGGAAUGUUCUAUCUGCAAUGAAAUUGUCCAUCCCAACUGCCUCAAGGUGAGCGACGCUUCCGGUGUGGUGAACGAUGAGCUCCCAAACUGCUGGGAAUGCCCUAAAUGCAACCAUGCUGGAAAAAGUGGAAAAGUAUUAAAGCAAAAAAGGGGUCCAGGGUUCAAGUACGCCUCCAACCUCCCUGGCUCUCUGCUGAGGGAACAGAAGGUUGUGAAAGAUGAAGGGGACAUGUCUUCUUCACUUAAGAGAAGACCUGAGGAGACACCCAGGCAUCGACCUGAGGAGCCUCUCCACCGGCAGCCGCCCCUGCUGUCCCCCAGCAGCAUCCCCAGACCCCGACUAGAGGACAAACUGAGGAAGAAGAGGAAGCUCUUUGACGAAGAGGAGGAAGACGAUUUCAGAGGAAGAAAGGAAGGGUCGGAUGAGCCUUCUUUUUCAAAACUCCUUCAGCAAAUUAAGAUGGAAGAGGAAGAGGCAUAUGAGGACGAUGACGACGAUGGAAGGGAACUUCAUUUCCGAAGUUUUGUGGAGAGAAAUGGGCGCUUGGGUGGUACUGAGGACUUAGCAGAGGACAGAGACUUUAAGAUUGAUCUUAUAAAUACUUCCCUCAAAAUGCCUGUUGUGGACAGCGACCACUCCCACUGUAGCUCUCCGCAAGCCGGCCCUAGCAGUGAAGGUGGCAGCGAGACACAGGAGAAAGGCCCACGGCCCAAAGCUCGGCGCAAACGACGUUUACCUAAUAGGGAACUGAGCAGGGAGCUGAGCAAAGCACUGAACCAGGAAAUUCAGAAAACCGAAGACUGCCUGGCCAACGAGAACCGCCAACCUCUUAAGGUAGAGCCGGAGUCUGAAAACGAGGAACCGAAGAAGUUGUUUCGUAACAGCAGCGACAUUGGCGAGCAAAGAUCCCACCUUAAGACCAAAGAGAUGAAUGGCACCCCCUGGGAACUGCGCCACUUCUACCCCAGUCAGAUCACUCCGCUGGGUUUCAACAGGAGCACUCCAACCACCCGACCGGUGCCUCCGCGUUCGCCGCCCAAGUGUGUCCAAAUGGAGCGCCACGUCAUACGACCCCCACCAAUAAGCCCACCUCCUGACAGAUUGCCUCUGAAAGAUGGGAAAAUGCAUGUCAUCCAGCGGGAGGUCUGGAUGAAGAUAUUCAACCACCUUACACAUCAGGAGCUCUGCUGCUGCAUGAGAGUGUCCAAGACAUGGAACAGAUGGUGCUGCGAUAAACGACUCUGGACAAUGAUCGAUCUGAACCGCUGCACCUCCAUCACGCCACUCAUGCUGAGCGGGAUCAUUCGUCGACAGCCACUCUCUCUAGACCUGAGCUGGACCAACAUUUCGAAGAAACAAUUAAGUUGGCUGAUUAACCGUUUGCCAGGUCUGCGAGUGUUAAAGUUAUCAGGGUGUUCGUGGGCGGCUGUAUCUGCUCUUUGCACCUCCAGCUGCCCACUACUACGGACACUGGACGUCCAGUGGGUGGAGGGACUUAAGGAUGCACAGAUGAGGGAUCUCUUAUCACCACCCACAGAUAACAGGCCAGGUCAACUGGAUAACCGCUGCAAAUUGCGGAAUGUGGAGGAUUUGCGUCUGGCAGGCCUGGACAUCACCGACACGUCCUUACGGCUCAUUAUUCGACAGAUGCCUUUGCUUUCCCGGCUGGACCUUAGCUACUGUAACCAUGUCAAUGAUCAGUCAGUCAACUUACUUACGGCGGCGGGAACAACCACUCGAGAUUCACUCACAGAUAUUAACCUGUCAGUUUGUAACCGGGUCACGGAUCAUUCCCUGAACUUUUUCAAACGCUGUGGGAGCAUAUGCCAGAUUGACCUUCGCUUCUGCAAGCAGGUGACCAGGGCAGGCUGUGAGAGGUUCAUCGCUGAAAUGUCUGUAAGCGUGCCAUUUAGACUUAAGGAGGACAAACUGCUGCAGAAGACGAGCUAGUUCGCAAUGAUCAAAUGGAGGGAAAGACAAUUUGCACUUAUUGGGACAAUUUUUGUUUUGUUUUUUCUCCCCAUACUGGGUCUGCAGUAGAACAUUGAAUCGAUGUCAUAAAUGACUCAGACUAAAAAGACUUGACUGGAGCGAGACGAAGAACGAGCAUGUUUGUGUUGAGAUUGUAUUCCUAUAAAAAUACGUGCUUGUAUCUGGUUGUUUUGCUUUUGUUUCUCAAAUAUUUGAAAGCAGUAUUUUUAUACAAACAAAAGUUUACAGUAUGUCCACUUUUGCUCGGGAACAAAGUAUCAUUGGCAAUACGGUUAUCAAACGUUAUGCCAUUCCCCAGGUUCUCUUCCUUAUUGCGUCCCAAAGAUCAGUUUGACAUAGGGACACUUAAAAAUUACAUGAUGCAUAACAUACACUGUACAUAUCUACAUACAAACAAUACGGUAAGUUAUAAAAAAGCUCUUGGACAUCUAGGAUGUAUUUCAAUAGUUAAAUGUCACACUCCUGUCUAAGGCCUCUUUUUAUCCAUUUUUCUUUUUUAAGUUUGAGGUAUGGCAUUCUGACGUUUAAGCAUUUAUUUAUUUUUAAUUGCAGUUUGUAUUUAUUCAUUUGCUUAACGGCUAGUUUUUGGCGUAGCUAUUAAACAGCUGGGUCAAUUAAACAUUUGCAAAUAUUUGAUACAAAGUUGAUAUAUGAGUGGAUCCGCUUUAACGGUAAAGCCGGUAGCAAGAAGCUGAUGAACACAUUUAGCACUGAAUUCACUGAUGCAAUUAAAGUUACAUAUCUGGUUCAAAUGAUCAACUAUACCAAUGUAAAUAACUCAUUCCAAUAACUCCAUGCAGUUGGUGUUGUGUGUACAGUAUUUUGGGAUGUAUUGUGCUGUGAUUAACCUGCUAUUGCCUCAGGUGAAUGUGAUACUGUUUAUAUUUGUAAAUUCAAAAGCUCAGUGCUAAUACGCAUUAAAAUACUUCCAUUUGUACCAUCAAGUUGUCUAUUCCCUCAAUUUAAACUUAAGUCUGGAUUACAGUUCUCCAACAUGAACUAAUGAUAAUGGAGGGGAAAUAAAGUCUAUGGACAUAUUCAUAUAAAAAUUCUUUAUUAAAAUAAAACAAUCCCCAAAGACUAAACAUUUCACACAAUACUGUCCCUCUAACAGAAAAGUGCAUCCUGCUUUGAUGAAGUUUUUGAAGGUCUUUACUGUAAUAGCAGCUUGAUAUUUGUGCAGGUAAGGUACAGAGAUGGGUUUGAUAAAAAGUUUGCAAUCAAGAAGCAUAAAAAAACAUGGAACAGAUCUGAGGUGGUAUGUUUGGAACAAGAAAAAUGUAAGAGGGACAAACCAUAUUAACUUACAACUCCAAGGGACAAUUCAAAUAUUUACAUAUGUUAAAUCAAUGAAAAAAAUAGACGUUUCUCAUAUGCAUUUAUAAAUGCAAAUGUACAUUAGCAAGACAUUUUAUAUAUACCUACACCCAUUACCAUGUACCAGUAGUUCAUUACUACAAAUACUUAUUCCUACUUAAGAAAUUUGAAAAAAUAAGACACUUCAUUUCACGUGAGACUGUAAACGACAACAAAAAUCAAAUGAACAUUCGUUUAUAUCCACAGUUUGACUAUAAAAUAGUGAAGAUGACUAGCACCGAUUUUUGUCUCAAGUGCUGAGACGGCAACGGAGAUUAACUAUUGCUGUAAUGACAGACCUUAUGUUAGAGAAUUUAACAUCUUGAUAAAAGCGUGUACUGCAAAGCGUUUGAAAAAGUCCUCAUUCCCAACCACUUAAGAUUUCUAAUUGUUUUACUCAACUGCAAUUCAUCUGCUUAUUGACCUACACAACAAGUAUUUAAUAGACAUCCCAUCUCUGCCCCCUCUACAGCUUAUAAACUGAUGAGUGAGGCUAAACUUGUACCUGCUAAAUAGAAACAAAUUCACCCACUAAAAGAGGAAGAAUUUGAUGGUUAAGGAAUGGGUGAGAAGCACGAAUCCUCACCUGUCAUUUGGCACCAUUUGCGUACCUUCUUGCCGGUGUGUGCAUCCUUGGUGUUACUAAGAUAUGUAGUCACUUGCAGUAGUUGUGUAAGGAGGUGCUCUGUCUACAUUAGACUGGCUACACUUAAUAGGCAGAUCUGAGGGUGCACCCAGAUUCAACAUUCUUUUGGUUGUAAAACAGGCUAGAUAUGGUCACAUCAGGAAUGAUUCAAGUGAGACUUAUGCUUACUGGAAAAGCAAUAACAUUUCAGAAUGUGCAAAUCAUGUGAACUUGAAACAUGCACAAAAGAGGAUUCCGUGGAUGUAAUUUAAGGUACCGUCUGAGUCUGAAGCGGUGUUGACGUUGCAUUAAGACUUGAAGACAUGCACGGCCCUCACAACGUACUGCCUGCAGAUGGGGCACUCACUCAUCCUCUUGCCACACUUGGUGCAGGUCACCAUGUGGCCGCACUCCAGCAGAACGCAGUCGAUGACAGCAUCCAUGCAGAUCCUGCACAAGUUCUCGUCCAGGAACAUCGGAGGACCUUUCUCACCAUCUACGAAACAAGUUGUAAUGCUUUGUUUGUUUGGCUUAUUGAAAGGUUAUGUUGCUCAUAUGAUUGGUGGUGACAGAAAUACAAGAGAAUACAAUGACAGAAUACAGUGGUGUUUCCUUAAUGAGAUUUUUAAAAUCUAUUCAAAUAAUUUUAAGAAAGUAUUACUACUUUUUGUUGUUAAACCCCUACAUCUAAAAGUUGGUAAUUUUUUACCUAAAUGAAGA